UCCACAAAUUAUAAGUAAUUCCAUCUACAAAACUCUCAGGCUUAACGCAGCUUAGAGCGCAAAUACAAAAUGGCACAAAUGGAUAUGGAAUUGAAGAAGGCCUUCACUGAAAUGCAAAUAAAUAAAUUGGAAACAACGAAAAAAAUAAGCAUGAUUGACAUGAAAUGCGACAUGGUAAAGACAGGCAAACAAAAAUAUUCGCUAACAGAGAAAAGCACCAGCAAUCUAACAGACGACACCAGGGUCUACAUGUCGGUGGGUCGCAUGUUUCUGUUAACUGAUUUGGACAGUAUGCGCGGUGAGCUGAAGACCAAGCAGGAUAAAUGUGAUAAGGCCAUUGAAUUGCUCGAAAAGAAAAAGGAAUUUUUGCAAAAGUCGCUUAAAGAUCAGGAGGAUGGACUACGUGAGCUGGUGCAGCAGCGCAAGGAGGCGGACGCACCAACCAAAUAAAAAACACAAACACACUCACAAUUUCAAUUUUUACAGUCCAUGAUCAAGCAUGUGUUAUUUAUUUACAAUAUAAUGGUCAAAAUUAAAGUUAGCAUAACUAACAAA